AUGACAGUCGUUCAUUCUUACUACUUCGGACUUCUAGUUCUUCUUCUUCAUGCUCAAUAUCGCCUAGCAUUGCAAUGUUAUGAAUGUAACGGAAUGAAUUUCAAUUCGUCACUUACGAGUGACAAUAUUCCAUCGCCAACAGCACCCGAUUGUGAGAUUGUUUCAGCGCAAAGUACAUGUUCUGUACGAAUCGGAUGGUACAAAGGCAACAAAACGGAGGUUUACUACGGUGCCGAUACACCUUUACCUAUCGACAGUGUCAUGAUCAAAACUGAACGUAAAGUGACAGCAUGGUCCGGGGAAUAUGAAACGCGUCGAUUUAUUAUCUAUAACUGCAAAGCGAGUAAUUCGACACCAUGCAAUACGGUUGAAAAUGCCAAACGCGCUAUCGAAUCAACAACAUUUCCUACGGAUGAGCAAAUCGAUAAACUCGAUUCGUUAAUUGUUCCGACAACAGACUUCGAUGGUCGUAUGUGUUUGAAUUUUACGAAUUCAUCUGAUUGUCGAGAAACAAAUAUUGUUGCCUGUCAACAAUGUAUCGGUAUUGUUCAAUAUUUCAAGACGCCUGAUAUGUGUGCAACAUGUCCAGCGGGGAAAGCAAUUAUGAACUUUUUCGACUACGAAUCAACAUUCUUUCUUACCAAUCGAACAUAUUUCGAUGUGAUUCGAUUAGGUUGUCGAAAAUAUGGUGCGUGUAAUUCAAUAGAAAAUAUGGAUAGAAUCAAGAAUACAUUAUCAACAAAUUUUGAUUUUAAAAAGUUCUAUUAUUCAACAGCGUGCCUAACAAAAUCGAAUGUCAUUGUGUUCAUUUCAAUAUUUCUUCUUCGACUCUUUUGUUAG